AUGACGGAGGAGACACGGCUCUGUUUGGAGAAGCCGGGGCUGUUGAUCUCCUUCGAGUUGGCCGAGUACACAGCCAACGUGGACGGCGUGGGCACGCUCCGUCUCUUGGACGCCAUAAAGACGUGCGGUCUGACCAACAGCGUGCGGUUCUACCAGGCUUCCACCAGCGAGCUGUACGGCAAAGUCCAGGAGAUCCCUCAGAAGGAGACCACGCCCUUCUACCCUCGCUCACCUUACGGUGCCGCUAAGCUGUACGCCUACUGGAUCGUGGUGAACUUCCGAGAGGCCUACAACAUGUUUUCUGUCAACGGGAUCCUCUUUAACCACGAGAGUCCGAGGAGAGGUUCAAACUUUGUGACUCGUAAGAUCAGCCGUUCUGUGGCGAAGAUUCACCUGGGCCAACUGGAGAGCUUCAGUCUGGGCAACCUGGACUCCAAGAGGGACUGGGGCCACGCCAAAGACUAUGUGGAGGCUAUGUGGCUCAUGCUGCAACAGGAGGAGCCAGAGGAUUUCGUCAUAGCGACGGGGGAGGUGCACAGCGUGAGGGAGUUUGUGGAGAAGGCCUUCAAACAUGUGGGGAAGAGCAUUGUGUGGGAGGGAAAGGAUGAGAAGGAGGUUGGCCGUUGCCAGGAAACCGGGGUGAUACAUGUGAAGGUGGACCCCAAAUACUUCCGUCCUACUGAAGUGGACUACCUGCAAGGUGACAGCACCAAAGCAUAUCAGAAGCUGGGCUGGAAGCCGAAAGUGACUUUUGAGGAGCUGGUGAAGGAGAUGGUGAACGCAGACAUCGAGCUAAUGAAGAAAAACCCAAACGCCUGAAGGUGGGGGGUGGGGGGGGCCCAACGCCAACGCCGAUCCAUCCGGCACGGAAACAUUUCAGCACUCCAGUGUUUCUGCCGCUGAGACCAACAGUGAAAGGAACACGUUGUAUUUUUACCUUCAUGUCCUUUUUUUUUUAUUAUUAUUUGUUUGUUUGUUUUUCUCUCAAAUGAAGUUACUGAAGUUUCUUUUUCUUUUAUUUUGAAGGAGGUCAGACUUAAACCAGUCAUUGCCUUCAUGUGUUUCCCGUAAUUCCCUCCUGGUAUCAUUUCAUUGUUGAUUUUUAUUUUAUUAUCACAUAGCAAAGAUGCCUUUUUAUAUAUAUAUAUUAUAUGUUACAACAUUGAUCAUGCCAUAAUUUAUAUAUAGACUUCCAGUUUUAAGGCUAUAUUUAUAUUAUAUUUGAUUGUUUCCUU